AAUACUACGAGUCAGAUUGCUCGUGCAUCUUCAACCAUUUGCAAGUCCGUGGUUUUUACCGUUUUUUUUUCAAUCGUCUAUUGAAAUUCGUGAGGAGAACGGCUGUCCUCAAGGAUUACCUAUUUAUAACCAAAACAUUCUCCCUCGUGACCAGUUUCUCUCCAUUCAGUCGGAUAUUUAUCUUUGAUAAUGCCGGAAAAGUAUGAAAAUAUAAAUUUACUUCAAAACGCACUUGGUGACAGCCCAACUUUUUAUAACUAUGAAAUUUCAAUACAAGCAGCACACAUGCCUGUGACUAGGCCAUAUAUGAGUUCUCCAGAGUCAUCUAGCAUGGCCUCGCCAAUGGCUGUCUCCUCACCUGAGGACUUGGAUUUCUUGGAAUCAUGUUCUGAGAGCACUCUCCUGAGACUUGGCGAACCUGGAGUUCUCACGGCUGAGGCGAUGGAUGCUCCGGAGAUCCGCAUCCUGGAUCAACCAGUGGAGAAAUUUCGAUUUCGAUACAAGUCCGAGAUGAUGGGAACACACGGGAGCUUGGCAAGUGCUAGUUCAACAUCGAGGCGAAAGCGACAAGUACCAAGUGUUAAACUACUGAAUGGGAUCGGAAAAAUGAUAAUACGUUGCACCCUUGUAACUAAAAAUGAAGAUCGGCGAAUUCCCCAUGCCCACCAUUUGGUGAAGCGCGAGGGCAACAGUGAGAGUGACACCCCCUAUGAGCUCGAGGUAUCAGAAGAAAAUGAUUGGAUAGCCUCGUUUCAAGGGAUGGGAAUAAUUCAUACAGCAAAAAAACAUAUAAAAGACGAAUUAAUGAAGAAGAUGAGGGCAGAAAAACUUGAAGAAAUACAAAGAAAAGAUUUCAACAGACGAGCACUGAGUGUUCGUGAAGAAACUGAAAUACGAAUGGAGGCAGAAGCCGCCCAGAAAUGGAUGGAUCUCAAUAGUGUAGCUCUAUGCUUUCAGGCUUUUGUGCGCAAUGAGUAUGGCGUGAUGGAACCAAAAAGCCAGCCCGUUUAUUCCAAUACGAUAAAUAAUUUGAAGAGUGCUUUAACGGGAGAGCUGAAAAUAUGUAGAAUUGAUAAAUACACGAGUAGUUGCGGAGGUAACGAGGAGGUAUUUCUACUUGUGGAGAAAGUCGGUAAGAAAAAUAUAAAAGUAAAAUUUUUUGAGCUGGAUGAUAAGGAUAACGAAAUUUGGUGUGACUAUGGUAAAUUUUCCGAACUUGAUGUACAUCACCAGUAUGCAAUAGUCUUUCGGACACCUCCGUAUAAAGAUAGAGAAAUAACGGAGCCAAAGGUUGUUUAUAUUCAGCUAGAGAGACCGACCGAUGGUGACUGCUCAGAACCAAUGCAAUUCACUUAUAAACCCAUGAGUAAUCUUCUCCAGAGAAAACGUCAGCGAAUGUCGUAUUCGGACAAUGUGGAUUUAUCGAGUGGCAUUGAUUCAACUACAGUUAUGUCAAAUCAUGUAUUUGCUUGGAAGCCUUUUGUAGCACCACUAACUCCGAGCGAGCGAUCCGCCGAAUUGAAAAAAUUAUUGGAAGAGAAAUGUGAUUCAGAAGAAUUUCGAACUUACAUUGAUAAUGUUAAUUUGGAAGAGUACAUGGAUUUGGUUGAACCUCAGGGUGAUUGGGUGCCUCAAUAUUGUACAGAUGGUCCUCGCCGACCUCGUUCUAAUCGUCCAAGCCCUGAGGGUCCAAAUUUUGCAAUAGAUAUAUUGAAAAAAGCUGUGGAAUCCAUGAAGGAUAAAUCAAUCCUCGAUCAGAGUGUUGCAACAAUACUCAAGGAAAGAACUUCGUAUGGAGAUACACCACUGCAUUCGGCCAUUCGUUAUGGCCAACGAGACAUUGCCAAGUAUAUUUUGACUCUGAUAGCUGGAUAUCCAGAGUUGAAUAAUCUUGUAGGAGUUGAGAGUGCUUCGGGAAAAACUCCACUACACUACGCAGUUAUUCUCAAUCAGCCAGACAUUGUACGAGCACUGUUGCUUCUUGGAGCUGAUCCAAAUGCUUGUGAUAGUCAUGGAUGCUUUGCACUUCACGAAGCUGUCAAGAAACCAGAAAAUUGGGAGUGCGUCGAUGCUUUGAUACAAGGAAACGUAAAAAUUGAGCAGCAUGAUGAUGCUGGGUGGACGGCACUCCAGGUAGCAGCUGAAUCAGGCUCUCUUCGAGCUAUUGAUUUACUCGUCAAAGCUGGUGCUGAUGUUAAUAAAUCGGAACGCUCCUAUGGCCGAACUGCACUCCAUAUUGCUGUUGAAGGAGGACACAUUGAUGUGGUCCGUUAUUUUCUUGAAAAGACGGAUGUUAAUGUGAAUAAACAGAAUUUUGGGGGAAACACAGCAUUGCAUGCUGCUGUUGUUGAUACUGGAGCUCGUGCUCGUCAACUCUGUCAAUUACUCACUAAACACGGCGCGGAUCCGUCUAUUAGGAAUGAUCAACGGGGAUCUAGUGCUCAGGCACUUAAUGAGGACAAUCAACCUGAUGAGGCUGGAGAUAUCAAACAAGAGACCGAUUCUAAUGAUGAUGAUUCUGUUGAUGGCCAGUCGUCUUUUGAUCUUGCAUCGAAUAACAAAGAAAUUCGUGAUAUUCUGACUGCUCGUGGUGAGGGUAAUGAUGAAGAGAUUGAGCUGAAAAUCAAGGAGGAAGUUAUGGAUACGGAUAAUGAGGCAGAGAUGGACUGGCUUGAAUUGGAUGAAAUAACUGAUCUGGGGAGAAUCUUGGAGGCUAACAGUGGGUGGAAGCCUCUCGCUCAGCGACUGGGCUGCCACUCGUUUCUCUCCAAUUCCUUGGAGAAAUCUGGAGCGAGUCCUGCGUUAACUAUUCUAACAUUCGCCCAGGUUCAAGGCUUUACAAUGAAUACACUUUUGGAUUUACUUGUGGAUUUAGAGCAGAAAGAAGCGGCUAAAUUUAUUGAAGAUAUUAUUACGAGAAAGAAAAUUGAGAGGCUACAGUAGAAAAUAUCUGAAUAAUUACUUGUUACUCAUAAUUACAUGUGUUUAGUCAAAUAAGUAUUAUCUAUUUUACAAUUAAGUGAAAAGUCUAAAAUAAAACUAUUUUUUAUGCUAAAAUUGAUCAAUAAUAAUAAUAAUAAUAUUUUUUUAUUCUUAUCAUUUAUACUUGAAUGUAAUUGUAAUUUAUAACGAAUAGUAGAGAAGAUGAAAGAAUAAUAGCUCAA